UUAUUAUGGGAAGCUGUUCUAGUUUGACCCUUGCAGGGUGAGGUAGUCCCUGCCCCUAAGCAGGGUGCAGUGCUGCUCGCAGUGGGGUGAGGCAGGCGAGCUGUAUGCUGUGAGUGGAAAGAAGAGGAGGCCUCCCCCAGCCUGCUCCCCCACCCCCCACCUCACCCGCCCCCCUGACUCCCCCUCUCCGGACAGCGCCCCGGUGCAUUGUGGGCGCAGUCCGUUGUUCAUUUGCCAUUCGACCUCGGCCAGGGCCGCGUACAGCGAGAGAGAGAGAGACCGACACCGAGACACUCACCUACCCAACCAGCCAGCUACCCGGCCGCCAUCUCCGGACCGACCCCGAGCCGCCCUGCCGUGCCCGAGCUCGCUGUGUGUGUGAGGGGGAGCGGCCCGGAGCGGAGCGCGAGCUGGUGGUGGCCCCUGCGGGAGGGCUCGGGGCCCCCCGGUCCGGCUGCCGGCGCUGCGAGAGCCGCGAACAUGGCGGAGAUGAACCGCAGGACCUUGGCCUUCCGAGGAGGCGGCGGCCUCGGCCUGGCCUCCGCCAUCGCCCCCGGGAACAACAACAACAACAACGGCUCCGGCCUGCUGGCCGCGGAGGAGGCCUGGGCCCUGCGGCAGGUGAAUGGCGGCGGCGGCGGGGGCAGCAGCGGGCCGGCGGGCGAGGAGGUGGAGGUGGAGCUGGACGCCGAGGCCCUGCUGGAGGAGGAGGACGAGGAGGAGGCGGCUGAGGCCUACCGCGGCAUGGUGAUGGCCGGCCGGGCGGAGAGCAGGCAGCCCGGGGCGGGAGGAGGAGGAGGAGGCCCCGCGGCGGCCGGCGGCGGCUCGGUCAGUGUGGGGAGCAGCGAGGAGGAGGACGACGAGGAGGAAGAGGAGGAGGAGGAUGAAGCGGCGGCGGCCGGGCAGGCGGGGAGAGGUGACCCGGCAGGGGUGGCCGAGGAGGAGGAAGAGGAGGAUGCCCCCCGGAGAUACGGCCUCCUGCCCGCCGCCCGCUCCCAGUCCCUGCUGCCCAGCCUGCACUGCUCCUUCCAGGGCUCCUGGCUGCACGAGUUCCCAUGGCUGCACUUCAGCCAGGAGACAGGCCUCAUGUCCUGCUCCUGGUGCCACAAAGGCCAGGGCCAGCCGGGACACGACGAGCUAGCCAAGGGGACCCGUGUCUACAAGAGGGCCACCCUGCUCCGGCACAACCAGUCCAACGAGCACCGCAUGAACGACCCUGCAGCUCAGGUAAGUGGCUGGGAGCCAACACUGCUGUAUAAUAACACUGCUGUAUAAUAACACUGCUCAUACAGGCUUCCAGGAAUAACUGGGGGUCAUAGUCCAAUGCCCCCCUAAUCUGACCUUCCUAUUACCCUGCUGUAUAAUAACACUGCUCAUACAGGCUUCCAGGAAUAACUGGGGGCCAUAGUCCAAUGCCCCCCUAAUCUAACCCUACUAUUACCCUGCUGUAUAAUAACCAUGCUUAUACAGGCUUCCAGGAAUAACUGGGGGUCAUAGUCCAAUGCCCCCUUAAUCUGACCCUAUUAUUACCCUGCUGUAUAAUAACCAUGCUUAUACAGGCUUCCAGGAAUAACUGGGGGUCACAGUCCCAUGUCUCACCAUAUCUGACCUUAUUUAACCCUGCUGUAUAAUAACCAUACUAAUACAGGCUUCCAGGUAUAACUGGGGGUUACAGAUCAAUGCCCCUCUAUAUCUGACAUUAUUUAACCCUGCUUUAUAAUUACAAUGGCCAUACAGGCUUCCAUGUACAGCUGGGGGCUCACCCAUAAUAUUACUUUAUUGUAAUCCUGCUUUAUAAUAACCGUGGCCAUACAGGCUUCCAGGUAUAACUGGGAGGCCACAAUCUAAUACCCCCUAAUCGGACUUUAUUGUAACCCUGCUCCUGACUUUAUCAAAUCUUUAUCUUCCAGCUAAUACACUAUAGCAACACAUUGUAUCAAAUUGCUUUUACUCCUGAUAUAAACACGUUUAGUACCAUGAACUAUUGGAAUUAAGCUAUGACACCCCAUAGUGUGUUUUUACCAGAGUUCAGACAUUAGGCUCCAGCACUGCUGGAUAGUGGGAUAUUUCGGUGUAAUCUGACGUUUUGGAUAGAGUUACAUCCGUCCAUUGAUACUGAAGUCCCAUUGUUGGUUGUUUUGGCUGUGAUGCCUCAGAGUGCUAUGAGUCACGAUGCUAACACAUGCCACUUGUAACCAAGCUGUUGGCUAGUGUGCCAAAUAUUAACCUGUUCUGUUUGUUAGUGUAUACACAUCUGUAAUGGUCCCUUUGCACAGUAAGGAAUCUGAUACACAUUGAUACAAGCUCUGGGGAUAGGGUGCAGGGGAUCGGUUCACGUGAUGAGCCACCCCUUUGUUGGGCAGAUGGAAGCCAUGUCCUUGGGGAUCUGUGUCUGUGCACCCCACCCUCGGUGUAAGCUGAUUACACUAUCUGCUAAGAGGAGGAGGAGGGGCGGCUGGUGCUAAGUGCAGUCAUCUGAGAAGCAAGGGGUGACCUACAUAGUAUGAAGGAGCCUGAGCUGGUGUGAGACCCAGGCCGGAAGUGUGUUCCCCGCCCUCCCCGUUCUCCUAGGCCCCCAUCUUCUCUUCCUGUGCCCCCUCCUUCUCUCCUCCCCAGCUCCCCCAGGUGGGCGCCGCCCGCAGCAGGACUGUCCCGGGGUAGAGACGUGUCGCUACGUGGCUGUUACCCAAACUGACUGCCUUGCUGCCCCCGAUAGGGGGUCUCUCUGUAACACAGAUCCCUAAUGUUGUGACCAGCUGGCUUCACUCUCCCAUGUCCUGGUCUAAGGGCAGGAAGGCCUAGCACGUAAACAGCAUAAAAUAGUGGUUCAUUAGGUAAUGGCCAACAGGUACAUCUCAGGUGUAUUAGAACUACAGCUCUUAAUGAGUUUUAUUCAUAAACGGUUAGGGAAACACACUUUGCUUUCCCUGAAUAAUAGCUUCUUAGCUAUGUUUCAAUGACUAGAAUUUAACUACAAAAGUUAUAAGUUAAAAAGUGUCUGGUUUACUCAUGGGGCAUUUUGAUUUUUUUUUUUUAUUAUUACUGUGGUUACACAUGUAUAUACCAAAAUGCUAGUCAUGUGAAAAUAUUAAUGCUCUGCAGAACAUUCCUGUUUUGGCAAGUGCAUAAUGUGUGCACUAUACUGGGUUUUGUGAGUGUAAAAGAAGAGCACAAUGCAUAUGUGAUAUACCCUUUAAGGGCCCUAAUACAUAAUGUUGCCACAGUUGUAGUUUUAUAAUAAAAUGAUGCACCUAUACCCGUAUGUACAUGCAAAAUAUGUGCAUUAAUUUUUUGAAUAUAAUAUUAUAUUCUUAGAUGGAUACCUUCAACGUGUAACACUACAUUUUAGCAUUUUUGUACAAUUAAAGUUGCACAUAGUUUGCAAUUUAUGUAAUGUUAUUACUUUUUCCCCCACUCAUUAUUUUACAUAUUUUAUUAUAAGUGAUAUAUAUGUUGUAGAUGGUUAUUAGUAUAAUUGUGCAGUCUCAAAAUCAAUGCAUUACCCACUAUAAGGCUUUGAAAAGUAAAAACAAUAAAAUUUGACACCUGUAUGUCACAGACAUAUGGAUAUAAACAGAAAAUUUGCCUGGUUUACAAAAAUUAUAUUCUGAUCUAUACAUUUUAUGGAAAAUUAGCAGGCAUUGUGUGUGUAUGUGUAUAUUUAUAGUAGAUUGGAUUAGCCGUAUUAGUUCAAUAGACAAGAUGCCACAAUAUCAGAGUAUUGCAGUAUGCAAUAAUCCUUUUUUAUUUGACUAACAUAAUAUUUCGAAGACAAGCUUGCAAGAGUUUUCCCUCUCUUCCUCACCGAGGAAGAGAAAAGGCUUGUCUUUGAAAUAUGAUGUUAGUCCAAUAAAAUGUAUCCUUGUAUACUGCCAUACUCUGGUAUUUUGGUUUGUGUAUAUGUGUGACAAAUUAAAAUAAACCGGCAAAAGAGGACAGGCUGUCUAAAUACAUUGAUUAUUGGAAAGAAAAUAUUUGUUGAAAUAUUGUAUCCUCUUUUACGCAUUUAACAUUUACUUUAUUUUCCUAUUUUAGGAGCCUGACAUAAAACCGGAAGUGGCAGAGUCAUACAGUGAAUACAGUACCAAGCCAAAUGAGAAUUCUUAUUGCUACCAACUGCUGCAAGAGUUAAAUGAGCAGAGAAAAAAAGGGAUACUUUGCGAUGUCAACAUAGUGGUAAACGGAAAAGUUUUCAGAGCUCAUAAAAAUAUACUGGUUGCAGGAAGCCGUUUUUUUAAAACCUUAUACUGUUUUACAAACAAAGAAAGCCGUGACCAAACCACUGUUACCUAUUUAGAUGUUGUUGCUGUUCAUGGUUUUUCCAUCAUCUUGGACUUCAUGUACUCUGGUAACCUUGUACUCACCAGCCAAAAUGCCAUUGAGGUGAUGACUGUGGCCAGCUACCUGCAGAUGACUGAGGUUGUACAGUCCUGUCGUAACUUCAUCAAAGAUGCCUUGAAUAUCAGUAUCAAAAAUGAAGCUCCAGAGAACAUUAUGGUGAACUAUAACAAACGAAAAAAUAAGGAUGGCCCUGCACACCGUGACCAAAAAGCGGUAAGCUUCUGGGCCACACGCAAUCUGACUAGUUUGGCGAGCAGUGUGAAGCUAGAAGAUGGGUUUAAUUUAGAUGAAACACCAAAUGAGAGCUUUCAGUCAAACGAUUCUACAUGGAUUCAGGACAGUUCUCCGGAAGUGACGGAAAUCGAGCCACAAGGUCAGGCAAAAGUGUUUGUGUGGAAUGAUAUGGGCUCCAAUUCAGUUGGGAUGCAAGAGCCCAGCAAACAGAGAAGGAAAAACUUAACCACAAAAAGAUUUGUUUAUAAUAUCCCUCCAAACAAUGAACUUCAAGUGGAUAGUAACACAAUGCUCCCGCAACCCAUUCCCUACACAGAAGAGGAUGUGCAGUGCUUCCAUGAUGGAGCAGGUAAUCUUACAUGUGAGUGUAAAUGUGUAUUUUUUGGGGGGGCAUAAUGGUUUUAAAGAUGUUACAAAAAUUCAACUGCUUUACUUUGUUGCUUAGAUGCAGAGUUUAAGAAUCUGGAUCUGAUAUUUGCUGUUAUUAAUGUAUAGGUCUUUUUUCUUUAGCCAUACUUGCAGAGUUAUUUGUCAGUGUGAAAAUUGUUGGGAAUUUAAAUGAUCAAAUUUAGGGGCAAAAUAGACAAAUUACAAAAACCUUUUUGUCAGUCAGCUUCCAGUUUGACUGCUUUGGCUUUAAAUUGAAUUCCUGGCAAUUCUCAUUUUAGUGAGCAACCCUGUUGGUGUUUGUUUUAUUGUAAGUGCUUCAAGUUCUGGGAGCACAGACUUUUCAUGAGCAGGCUUUAAACGGUAUAAUUUGUAUAGCUGAUACAUAUGAAACUGUAUGGAGAGAAAAUGGACGUUCUUAUACAGUGUGUAUAAAAAUGCUUAGGCAGUACUAUAUAAUUCAAUUACCAGCUACUUGUUCUCUCAUUAAUGCAGUAUUAACUGGGAUUAAAAAAAGCAGCCUAUGGGAAAAAAUUAUAUAUAUAUAUAUAUAUAUAUAUAUAUAUAUAUAUAUAUAUAUAUAUAUAUAUAUAUAUAUAUAUAUAUAUAUAUAAUAUAUAUAUAUAAUCUCUCUCUCACUAAUUCACUUACUGCUGCUGUUCCGUAUUGUGGGUGGCUUCACCUCCCUAUGAUGCCUUGAGCAUGCAGAAAUGAUGUACUGUAGUGUGCAUGCUUGGGUAUUCCUUCAAUUGUGCUCUGUCUGCAUCCAUAUGGUACUGCAGAAUUUGGAAUAAUUUACGCACUUUUGCCCAGCAGCCCAUGUAUGUUUAAAAUCUAUGUUCGCUAUUCCGUUGUGCAAAAUUCUCACAUGGAUCUUAUACUUGGUGUGAAAACAUCUGCGAAGUUGUAUAUUUACAGCUUUCUAUAUACAAAUGUUUGGCCCUAGCAAGUUGCUAAGCAUGUAGGUUCCCUGACUCAUGGAACUUAUCACAAAUUGUCCAUUUAAUGCACUUAAAAUACUUUACACUAUACAUCUAGUUUUUUGCAUGAAAUCCAACAUUCAUUAUAUUAGCUGCUAUCUUAAAUAGGGAAUGACAAUUUCCAUUUUAAAAUCUAGAUAUGUUAAUUUAUAUGCACUUCCUGUUUGUUACUUCUAGUCUGGUGCUACACAACCAGUCCUGAAAUUAAAGGCAUACUUUCAGCUAUGGUUUAACUAUAAAAUGAACAUGUUUGUCAUACUGGAAAAUACAGCAUUUUGUGAUCUUCCUUUAGUACAAGUGACUUGACUUGGCCUGGUCUUUUUCAUUGAGAUCCCUAAUCACACCUCUGCAAAACUAGUGUAAUGUUAGAAUUUUUGUCUGCUGGUGAGUCCUGAGGAGACUGUUCUUGGUUGUACUUUGGUAAUGGAUACCCUACCACAGUAAUGCGAUCAAUGGUAUGUAAAUGCAGUCUUAAUAUUUACAAAAUAUAAAAGUGAAAAUCUAUAUGGUAAAUAUUUUGAAGCCCACUACGAAUUUGCUUGUGUUAGUUUGAUAUAAGAGCACUUCUUUACACAUGCAGGGAGUCUCUUGUCAUUUAUAGAAUAUGGCUUAUUUUUAUGCUCCUUCUUCUAUAAAAGGUCCAUUGUCUGGCGUAAGCUUAUAUACAUCACAGAGAGUUAUUAGUAGGGGAUUCUGAGUGUGAACUGUAUGGUUGGGAAUCAACAGUGGUGCUGUAUUACAAAAAACUUUAAUUUGUUAUUGCUUUAUUUUUCUCUCUCUCUUUCUGCAUCUGGCGUCAUGCAAAAUAAUCUGCGUAAUGUCUUUAGCAUGAUGCAUCAGAGCUGUUCUUAAAUAUUGGGUGCAUGUGAUGUUACCUCGUGACCUCUAACCUGUGCACAGAUGAUUAUAAAUGUAUCUUCUUUAAAUCUUCUGUGAAAUAAUUUUAAAAAAUUUUAAUUUAUUUUUUUGCAACACUGCAUUCGCUUUCAAGAUUGGUUUGUUCUAAAAUUUUAUUUUCUGUAAUGCCUUCAUAAUAAAUACCAUUCUUUAAAACACAGUGUAGCCAAUUACAUAUGGACUUUCUGUAUGUGGUGCUUACAUUUCACUUCAGAUGCAGUUAUUAUUACUUACUUAUUCUUUUUGUAUUGUUAAUUUAUUUCUGCUUGUGCUAGGCUUUCAAAUCAUUUUUGUAAAGGAAGACAACGGAGACUUGUGUUGCAAUUUAUCACUGGGGUGUUUCUUAAUCAUAGUCACACACCUUCUAGUGUCUAAACAAAGGGGACAGCAGGUAGAAAGCACAGGCAUCAGGUUUGUGUUACUAAUUAUAUGUGCUAGUAUGUUAUGUUCGUGCACCGUAAAACAAUUCUCUCUUGUUUUGUGAUGGCUCAUUAUUUAUUUUUUAUUUUAUUUAUUUAGUUAUUUUUAUUAAUACACAUCUGUGAAUUUUAUUUAUAGCUGGAUUAAAAAUAAAACUGGAUUCUGUUAUGUCUGACUGCUAGAUUCUACAAAUUUCUUACACGUGUUACACGUGGUAAUAGCUCAGGUAUCUUGGACAUAGAAUAAGGUUGAUAUAUUAGCAUGCAUUAUUGUAACUUACCAUAUCUAGUACUCCAAAUGAUCUCCUUGAUCAAUUGAGGAUGGUUGGCAGUGUUUCCAGCCUCAUUCAUGGAGUUGAUUCCCAUUAUAGUGAUUAGUCAGCAUAAUUCAUAAUUUUAUAGUAAACCUGCAUGCUAAAGAUCUAAGCAACUUAUAGAAGCCAGAUUGUUGUGAUUUAACUAAUGUCUUGUCAUUUCUGGUCUGAAUGUCUGAGAAAUCACUGUAGUGAGGCUGUGUCUUUGGUUAAAUUGAGUUUGUGGUCACUUCACAAGUUUACUUGAGCUCAGCUGUGACAAGGCUUUCAAUUCCUAACUCAGCUGGAUAAUGUCGUUUGUGAACAGACGCCUUUGUCUUGUGACGCCUUAAUGUGCCCUUUUGUAUGUUUUUGUUGUCCAUUAUUCCCUUCUUUAAUGAUUGCCAUACAAAUUUCAUUAGAAGAUUACCACUAAGUUAUUGAACCAGAAUCUUGAGACUGGGUGGUUCCUUUCUUUCUUUUUUUGGCUCAAACAAGAUUAUAGUUGGGUUCUAGGUGAAGCCCCUUGGAACGUUUUUUUUUUUUUUUCUUGCUUACAUAGUCACAGCAGUGGACAGUCAAACAAGCCUGUUCUCAGAUUCACAGCUUUGAAUGUUGAGGUGAUCACUGUCUGUUGGUGCAGAUCUUUUUAGAUCUAUGUGUAUAAUGGCUAUCCACUUUUGACAGCAAUGAACCUUCUGAAAGGAAUACAGUGCAGGUUAAAAAUGACCCUUUUCAGCUGUGCAAAGGCUAGCCACUGAUUGUAAAGGUUUUAGUUUAAUACAUGCCUUACUGUGACAUGUUCGUUCAUUAGCAUGAUGCUAAUAAAAUAGUUGUCUGUAGGCUAAGCACAGUAAAAGGACUUGAGUCAUUAUGCCUUCACUGGCUUUGUUCACAGUAACGUUUUUUUUUUUUAAAAGACAUUGUGCUUAUAUUAUAUAUGUACAUUACUCGAAACUUAUCCAAAGGAUGCUUUUCGACAGAUCUCUACCAGCACUAGUUCUGUAACCAGUGGAAUCUCAAACUCAAAAUUUUUACAGCAAUAUGCUAUCACAGGAUGCUUAGGACUGAGACUCCAAGCCUUCCCAUUAUAAACUGACCCUAAAAGUGAAAUAUUGAGCAUUACAUUAGGAUUUGAGUUCUACGUCUAAAGUACAGGAAUGUACAAAAUGUUUAUAUAUUCAGUUACUUUGUAAUGUGCUUUAGAGAUCAGUGUUUGGUCCAAAGAGCUAAGAGCAUCCUGAGCUGAGAUAUCUUGGAUUCCAUUAACUUCUGUAUAACCAUAAUGUUUUGUCCAAUGCCAUGACACAAAUAAAAAUGAACUGGUGGUUUUCAAUACCAAUAUAUAAGGCUAAUCACUAAAAAUUAAUAAAUAAAAUAAAAAAUGGUAACGUUAAAAAUGGUCAAGCAACCAAUGUGUUAAUAAUUGGGCCACUUGAGAUUGACUGAUUCUGCUCCUUUAAAAUUGUGCAUUUUUAGAUGUGGAAAGUAAAAUUGCUGUGCCUUAUUUUUGUUGUUCCUCCUAUUUACUACAUUUAUUUUUGUUUUUCUCUCAGGGACCUCAAAUGAAUAUAAGUUUUUCCCAGAUUCAUGGACAAGAGAAAAUUAUUUUGAAAAUGGUAAGGUCAUAUGACUUUAAAAAAAAUUAUAUAUUUUUUUCCCCUCCAAAUAGUUUUUAACUCCUUAAGGACCAAACUUAUGGAAUAAAAGGGACUCCUGACUAGAGAUGUCGCGAACGGUUCGCCACGAGAUUGGCCGGGAUGUGUCAGCUGACCGGAGUUCGCCGCGAACAGUUCGUGGCGAACCGUUCGCGGACGGUUCGCGACAUCUCUACUCCUGACAUGUUACGUGUCCUUAAGGGGUUAAAAGUGCGUAAAUUGAUAGAGCUGUAAAUCUUAAAUUGUUAUUCCAACCAACAUUACCAUUUCACUGAUUAGAAGUGGUCGUGAUGGUAGGUGUAUGUAUGUGCAGUGUUUCAGCUCGAAACACUGCACAUAAGCAGUUAUUAAUGGUGUGGAAGUUGCAUGCAUGACUUAGGCAGAAAAGUACUGUGCUCUAUGCUUCCUGAUUUAAAACUGGUACAGAUUUUACAGCUGGCAACAGACAUAAGAAUAUUCACCAUGCAGACAGACUGCCUGCAAGGGGAAGGUAACCAUCCCUUCCCAUCAUGUGGGAGCUCCCUUCUUUCUGCCUUCAUUUAUAGACUGGGAGAAAUCCUUCCACCUGCACACCCCCUCACAUGGCUGGCCCAGAGUGCGCACAUGUUCUGAGCCAGCAAAACUGCCCACUCACAGGCUUCUCUAUAAGAGAAGUCUGUGAUUGGACUGGGUGUGUGCGUGCUGGGUGAAGUCACGACUGACUGUGGAAGAUCAGCACCGGGAGCAGUGCCUGGCUUCGGAUUAAGGGAAGUUUAAAUCUUUAUUAUUUUUUUAUUUGCAGGAAAGAAUGGGGGGUGGUAAUAGUUAUACCCCACAAGGCAUUUAUAAUGUAAACAGUCUUUAUUAUUAUCAGGGUUGGAGUAAUUAUUUUAUCUGUUCAGUAUUCUGACAUUUUCUACUUGCAAAUUUUGGUGUUUAAAUUAUACUUUUAUUUUUUUAUUUAGGUGAUGCAUCUGCUGGUUUGAUAAACAAGUUAAAAUGUCCGCAUUGCAAUUAUGUAGCAAAAUAUAGAAGGACACUAAAAAGGCACUUGCUCAUUCAUACUGGAGUGAGAUCAUUUAGUUGCGACAUCUGUGGGAAGUUGUUUACCAGAAGAGAGCAUGUGAAAAGGCAUUCCUUGGUAAGUGCCCACUCCCUAUUCACCCCCCACACUUUCAGUAUAUUUGUUUGCGAUAAGGGUGACUGUAAAUAGAAGGAAAGAGACGUCUUUACAUGUUGAUGUGUAAAACCGAUAAACAUUUGUUAAUAGAAUCACGGAGAGUAGAAAAUACACUUGGUCUGUUUAUUUUAAAUAUCUCAUAAGUGAAAAAACUUGUAAGAAUAAAUAGCAAAGCUCUUUAAAACCAUACAAGUGGUCGAUAUUUCACCAGGUUGCACAGGUUACAUGUAAAACACAAAUAGAAGGGGGGCAGGGCCUGACUGUCAUCGUGGAGAGGCGUGCUUUGAGCGAGCUUCUCUCCUAUACUGGCAAUUUAAGGACUUUGCCGCUCCACACAACUCGAUAUACAUCGAACCCAGCGACCUACAUGUAGAUGUAGACACUAGCUGACAUACCCUGUAGGUAUUGGGGGGCAAGACUAUUUUUCGUUUAUUAAUGCCUUUUUCUACCUUGAAGUCCUAUUAAUGUGUGUCCUUCACUUUGGCUGAGAUCAUGAAACUUGAUGAACUCAGCCAAUCCAGUGCUUUCCCAUAGGAAAGCAUGAGGAGGCAAAAAGCUGCGUGGCCAAUCAGCAUCUCCAUGGGGAGCGUUCAGCGCCUCCAUACAGACCCAAUCUAAUACACUGCCCUCUCCCCCAUUCUAAUACACUGCUCCUCCUCCCUCCAUUCUAAUUGAAUAAGCUGUCCCCCUCCCACCACACUAAUACAUUGCCCUCCCAUUAAUUUAACACAAUGCCUUCCCCUUCCACCACUCUAAUACACUGCUCACUCCCUCCCCCAAUUUUAUGCACUGCUCCCUCCCCCAAUUUUAUGCACUGCUCACUUCCUCCCCCGAUUUUUAUACACUGCUCACUUCCUCCCCCGAUUUUUAUACACUGCUCACUUCCUCCCCCGAUUUUUAUACACUGCUCACUUCCUCCCCCGAUUUUUAUACACUGCUCACUCCCUCCCCCGAUUUUUAUACACUGCUCACUCCCUCCCCCGAUUUUUAUACACUGCUCACUCCCUCCCCCGAUUUUUAUACACCGCUCUGUCCUUUCCUCAAAUACACUGUCCCCUCCUCAAUUUAGCACACUAAAAAGGAAGGUCUCCCAAGCCCCUCUUCCCCUACUUUAAGAUGAGCCACCCGUCUUCCAGUUUAACCCUGCUCUUGCAGGCCAGAUGCUCCUCUGGCUCUGCGAGCAGAAGGAAAGGGUAGUGGCUGGCCUGCGGGAGCAUGCGAUUGGCCAUGGGAGGGAAGACAUGAAUCAGACAGGAAAUAUCUCUCCUGUCUUGCAGCUGGUCGCAGCCUCAACACAAAGUGGCCCCAGGGCAGGUGGGCCACAAAUAUAUGUGGGCCGCAAGUUUGACAUGCUUGUUUUUGAGUUUUUUUGCUGUUUGGUUUUUAUUUAUUUAUUUAUUUAUUUAUUUAUUUAUUUUGAAGUGCCAUUUUAGGAUCAGUUUAUUCAAGAUACCAAAUUGGGAAAGGGUCAAUAAGAGUAUAAAGCAAUUAUGAGUUUUCUCCAGCAGGGUUAUUAUUACACUUAAAAAUAUGAAAUUCUCAACUAGUGUAAAGGACCACUAUAGUGCCCUGAGGGUGCCCCCACCCUCAGGGUCCCCCUCCCGCCCGGCUCUGGAAGGGGGAAAGGGGUAAAAAUGUACCUUUUUCCAGCGCUGGGCGGGGAGCUCUCCUCCUCCGAUCCUCCUCCGUUCCUCCCCGUCUGCUGAAUGCGCACGCGCGGUAAGAGAUGCGCGCGCAUUCAGCCGGUCGCAUAGGAAAGCAUUCACAAUGCUUUCCUAUAGACGCUGGCGUGCUCUCACUGUGAAAAUCACAGUGAGAAGCACGCAAGCGCCUCUAGUGGCUGUCAAUGAGAGAGCCACUAGAGGCUUUGGGGGAAGGCUUAACCCAUUCAUAAACAUAGCAGUUUAUCUGAAACUACUAGGUUUAUAAAAGAAUGGGUUAAUACUAGCUGUACCUAGCACCCAGACCACUUCAUUAAGCUGAAGUGGUCUGGGUGCCUAGAGUGUUCCUUUAACAAUGUGUACUGUAGUCAUUGAGACUGAGAAAUACAUAGAAUGUGAUUAGGUUUUACAAGUGACGCAACUUGCAGGGUUGUGUAGAAGUAAAUAGUAGGGCACAUUGUGUAUAACUUUUUUUUUUUUGGUGUGUGUGUUGCUUAGGUAAAGUGACUUUGUCACCACCCUGCCACUUUGAAGUAUUUCAUAAAGAUAAAAUCUUUAUCAAAUUCUCAUGUUGACUGUGUUGGAAAUUCUAGUACAAUCAAGAUAUUACAAAGUAAAGAUUAGGUUAACAAACUUGCCAAAAUGUGGAGCUUCCUCAAUCAUCCAGACCAGAAUUCAAACUCUUAUAAAUCAGUUUUGCUACUUAAAGUGUGGGGGCACCAGGGAACUCCUGGCACCAUAAUCAGUACAGAGUUCUGGUGUUUAGACUGUUUAUUUUGAUUUUUUUUUUUUUAAAUAUUGAUACCAAUGUAGCUAGUUUAGUGUAAAAGCUGAUUGACAGUACACUUUUAGCCUCCGAAUUGCAGAGUGCAACUAUCAGUUUUCUAACAUUUGAGUAAACAUUUAUUUUUAAUUUUUUUUUUUUUUUGGGGGCAACUAACUAUAUGCUGCAUGUCUGUCUUCCAUAGGUGCACAAAAAAGAUAAAAAAUACAAGUGCAUGGUGUGUAAGAAGAUCUUCAUGCUGGCGGCCAGUGUAGGAAUCCGACAUGGCUCUCGUCGUUAUGGAGUUUGUGUGGACUGUGUGGAUAAAUCUCAACCAGGGCUUCAAGAAUCAGGUGUUGAACAGGUGGCAGAUGCAGACUUCCCCAGGGAUGAAGAAUAUGAUGACAAUGACGCUGUGGAGGCAGUUGAUGCUGAUGAUGACCUUGUAGAUGAGGGAGAAGAUCAGAGUGACCAUGCGCGGUGGUCAGAGCAAAAUGACCCAUCGCGUUGGGGAGAACAGAAUGAUCCUUCACAAUGGGAAAGACCGAAACCACCACCUCGAUGGGAUGAGUCAGCAGACGUUUGUAUGACAAUAGACGACUGAUUGCCAAUGGGCGUUUAAAACUCAUGGGUGCUGCAGCUGAACAGAAUUUAAAAUUUGAUUGUUGAAAUAUUUUGGACUGAAGGCUUGCAAAAUAUGGUACUGUGCUGGACAAUAGUUGUUGCUGUGAAAACUGUAGGGUCAAAGCCUUAUAGCAAAAAAAUUUAUUUUAAAUUUUUUUUUUCUGUUUUUAUUUUUUUUUAUAUUUGCACAGGACUGUACAGAAUACAACCAUUUGGUUGAAAUAUACAGAGUCCUCACAUCUCCAAUCAGUUUUCAAAGAAAAUGUAUUUUUAUUUAUAGGAUGUAGCUACGUUGGUCCUAUCAAAGCAUAAAACUACUAUUGUAUUGUUAAUUCAUGUAUCAGUUAAAUUUUUGUUGUUAGAAUGACCAGAAUAGAUGAUGAAUCUGUGUAUGAAUGUGAUGCAACCCUACAGUACUAGAGGUGUCAGAAACAUAUUGCUAUAAUCUAGAAGUGCGUUGCUGACCUCUACCAUUGUACGGAUCAAACUGCCUUUGCACUGCUGUUCUUCUCUUAAGCUAAGUUGCAGGUCUGUAUCUAUAAGGGUGUUGGUGAGGGUUUUAUAUUUUGCUGGCAAGUCUGUCAUGGUUUAAAUCCUUUUAAAAGAAAGAGCAGUGCUUGUUUUUAUAUCACAUGUUCACUCUGUAGAGAUUAGUUUCCCAUUUUAAAUUUAUUCACUGUAAUUGUAUUUACCACUUUUUUUUAAUUUAAAUUAUUUUAUUAUUGUUCAUCACGUUAUGAGGUUGCUUCAGUAUAAUGCUCCCUGUCCCCGAUAAUCAGGUCAAGUUGAAGGCUUGGCUUCUCGUCACGUGUCUGUGAUGUCAUGAGCAGUUAAGCAGGGAUACUUUAGAAUGGUUGUAAGGAUACGUUCACAUAAAGGGAUUACUGAAAAAGCAGGAGUGCUCAGCAAAUCACUCUAGGCUACAGAUCUGCGAUUCUGCUUCAGUGAGCUCCUCAUGUAUUGCUGCUUUCAUAUUUUUAUUUUACAUUCUGAAUGGCAGAAUGUAACUAUUUAUAAGUCCUGUUGUGUAGGGGUUUUAUGUAGAAUGUGCAGAAUGAUGUGGUAGCUUUCAGGUGUCAAGGAACACAAUGUCCCAUGCUGUUCACUGACUGCCAGUACAUGCUGACAUUUUAUUAGACAUCUGGGUCAAAAGACAUUUCUCAUACUCCCAUCAUUUAACUUUCAGACCUGUUCCAUUCCUUUUUAAAUGUGUGCUUUUUUUUUUUUAUUAUUAUUCUUGCUCUUAUACUUUGUGAAAAGAUAACCUAUUUAUCAAAUACAACACACUUUAAGUGAACAGGUACAUAAAAUGAAUUUCCUUCCCUGUUACUUUGUUUAGAUUGAGGUCAAACAAAUUUCAUUUUGAUACUUAAUGAUCUAUGAAGUUGUAUUAACUUAUUGUAGAAGGUUUCAGGCACUUUCUGCAGAAACAAGCCAGUACCAACUGUUUUAGUCUACAAGGAGCAUGAAAGCAUUGACUUUCCUAUGUCCACCAAAAAGCAAGUUGACUUGUCAUCUUCUUCAUCCGGUAGUAAAAGUUUGGGUCAUUCAAUAUUGAGCCAGCCUAAAAGUACUGAAUGUUAAUCGUUCUAUUCAGUUUUGCAUAAUGUUACUGUUUUUAUAAUUUUGAAAGUCAAUUAUCAGGUGUUUGUAUUUUUUUUUUUUUUUAAUUUUUUUUUUUUACUACCAGACCAUUCUGAGUGCACAACCAUUUUAUUUGUCAAAUAAAUUAUUUUUUCCUCUCUUAAUAGACUUAGGUUGAACUUUCACAUCCGGUCUAAAUUCAUCUUCUUUAACACACGAUGCAUUGAGAGAUAUUCGAACGGUUGAGGUUGAUAUCUGAUAGAGAUAACAGUUCAAUAAGUAGUUCAUUCCAUGCUUUACCCAGAGAAAGCAAACAAAACACUAUAAAAGCUAUUAAUAUUUUUAAAUAUACAUAUAAAAUACCUCCCUCUCCAUGACAAAUGUCAAGGUUAUACAAUAUAUUAAGGAGAGAAAAUGUGAGUAAAUCCAGCUAGUGAAUCUGUGAAAUAUUCAAGCACUUGUGAUGGCGUUAAGCUUUGGAGGGCUAAUCCACAAGGCAAUUUAAAUUUUACAAUUCCGUUUUUCUUUCCCCUUCCUUUGGAAAUGUUAUCCAAUUAAUCCGUGGUCAAAAUGAUAGAUAUUGCAUGUCCUCUUAAAGUUAACUACGGUGCGGACUUGUCUCAAAUAGCCAUUUCAAAUGCUUACUGCAACUCGUCUCACAUUUCUUCCCAAACAAUGAAAUGUUACUAAUAUUCAUGUUUGGACUACUGUGCUUCACUAAGUAAGCAUCCCUAUUUGAUUUUGUUUUUUAAUGGAUUUUUGGAGUGAGUGUGUCAACACCCUCUCUUUCCCACUGCUUAUCCAUGUUGCAUAUAUAGUCCUACCAUAAACUUGAUUUUAUUUGUGCUUUAAAGGUUUAAAGAUAAUAAAUGAUCCAUAAAGCUCUUUAAAUUACUCUCUCUUAAGCCCACUUUGCUUACUGAAAUUAACAAAUGGCUUGUGAUAUUUAAUGUCAGGAAAUUCUGCUAACCCGAAACCUUUUUCUUAAGCGUUGUACCUCCUAAACUUUUAAAAUAUGAGCAAUGUGUUUGUAUUUUUUUGUUUAUUUUAUUUUGGUGGGGUCCAAAGUAGGUUUAGUUUAUUAAAAAGUUAAAAUGAAAAACAUAAAUGAGAGUAUUUUAAACGUGAAAAUUCUGCUUUGUGAAUAUGUAAGUAAAGUAUGUCUUAUUUUAUUCCCCCCUCCCCAUUUCAUCUAGCCUAUAUAAAUAGUUUUGUUUUUUCCUUGUAGAACUGUCGAUAUAUACAUAUAUAUAUAAAUAUUAUAAUAUAUAAACAUUUCACAAAAUUCUGCUUUAUUAGGAACAAACUCACUCAAUGCUUAGAAACUGGACCUGGCUUUAAAUUCUAUUGUGCAUUACUUUUUCACAAAUAAGAACUUAUUCUCUAUAAACUGAAUUCUUUUACUACUUCAAUCAUUUAUGUAUAUUCGAUAAAUUAUGACCAAAUGUGAUGUUAGAUUGCAUACAGUAAAUUUAAAUAUACACUUGGUACACUACAGCAUUGUUGUGACUUUAUUUGACUUUACAUGGCAUCAAAUGACUGAACCCAUUAAUAUUUUAAAUGCCAGAGAGCAUUGAAAUGCAUUUGUUUGUUGGUUUACAUGCGUUUUGGAAGCCACAGUUUUGUACACACUAAGCCAUCUAAUAUGAUUGUACAUGUUGAGAUGAUGUUUUUUAAGACAGACUAUUUUUGUUAUUUCUAACAUUUUAGCUAUAAAUCUUGUAAUCUGUUUAUUAAAGGGGCACUGCAGG